AUGUCCUCCCCCGCCUGUCCUUCUCAAGACCCUUCCUGCGGUCAACUGCAAAACCCGACCCUGGAUCAGUCUCAGUCUGCCCCGGCCAACAUGGAGCAGGCGCUGGCACCUGGUCUCCAGGAGCAUCCUCAGCCGUCGUCCUCAGCAGCUGAUUCUCCUCCACCUCAAAAUGUCCAGUCUCACCCUCUGCCUGUCCAUAGUGACCCCAAUGACCCCCCUGUAUCCAGCCUUUCAUCAGAAAUGUCCCAUACUUGUAUUCCUCCUGCAGAAAUGUCCACAGCGUCCCAGGAUCCAAGGGGUGAGGUGCAGCCUGGAGUCACAGAGGGGGGUGUUGGAAAUGAUGAGGUAGACAACAGUGCAAUGCACACCACAGCAGAGGACCUUUCACCCAGUCAGCCCAUGGAGCAGGAAGUGACUGAUUCCACAGAGACCUGUCCAGCAGCUCCAAGCCAACCCGAGUCUGUUGAAAUGGAGUGUCCCUCUGUCUCCCACAGUGUGCCGUCCACUGAGAGGGACCAACCUGACGGAGACCACCGGCCCAGCUCUGACAGCAUCCCGUCCCUGGCAGUUGCUCUGAAGGAGCUUCACGAGCUGCUGGUGUUCAACAACCAGGCUCAGUCCCAAACCCGCAGCACCUCCUGCUCCCCAUCGUAUCCAUGUGGACAAGACUCAGACAAGGCCUCUGAGCCCAGCACCCCAACACCUGAAAACACCCAGCCCACCCCCUCUACUGCCAUUGCAGCUGAUGCAGAAACAAGUGAUGCCAAAGCUAACUGUGCUGCUGCGUCUGAUGAGGAGCCAUGUCAGUGUCUUGUGCCCGACCUCCCUGCUCAGGAGGAGCAUCUCGGUGUGGGGACAGCAGAAACUGCAGAACAAGGACCACCACGGUGCCCAGAUGGCUCCAAAGAGAUAACAGAAGAUGAACAAGAGCAGGACAACACCAUCAACAUCAGGAUGGCUCAGCCGGAGCCAGAUGCUUCUCCUGGUUCUGAGCUGGUCCCUGAGUUCAGGGAACCACACGAGGAGCAGCCAGGAGGAGAGGACGUCGAUGCACAAGCCUCCGUUACCAACAUCCGAGAUCAUAUCCAGACUUUCCUCAGCCCUUUGUCGGUGGAAGUCGACUCUCCUGCGGAUGUCUCAAGCACCUCCUCCUCUGCUCCUCUUCUCACUCAGGCCCUGCAGCCUUCAACCCCAGCCCCUCUUCUUCCCUCCACGCAUCCCUUUAUAGAACAGUUUCCAGCUGAGCACGUCCAGAGAAUCCAGGCAGCAGGCUUUUCUGCCAGGGAGGCUGUGGAGGCGCUGGAACAAGCCCACGGGGUCGUGGAGCUCGCUCUGCUUGCACUUCUGGCUCGCAGCAUCACUGUGCCCACCUAAGACUCUAAAGCAAUCAUGUCGGCCCCCAGCCUCCCGAAUCAGCAUCUGUCUUAUUUAUAUCGUGUAAAACAGGGAAAUGCUCUCAUGGUUUGUCAUACAGAAUAU